AGAAGGAGCAGGCAGCACACGAGGCAGCCAUGUUGCAGCAUUUACAACAUCCUCAGUAUAUCACUAUACACGAUACCUAUGAAACACCCUCUUCCUAUAUCUUAGUUUUAGAACUCCAUUCUUGUUAUUGCACUAGAUUUAAUAAUCAGUAACUGUUGGAUUUUAGAAUGGAUGAUGGCCGUCUCUUGGACUACCUUAUGAAUCAUGAUGAACUGAUGGAGGAAAAAGUAGCCUUUUACAUAAGAGACACAAUGGAAGCCUUACAGUACCUUCACAAUUGUCGAGUUGCUCAUUUGGAUAUAAAGCCAGAAAAUCUACUCAUUGACUUGCGGAUCCCAGUGCCUCGUGUUAAGUUAAUAGACCUUGAAGAUGCUGUUCAAAUCACAGGGCAUUACCACAUUCAUCAUCUCCUGGGAAACCCUGAGUUUGCUGCUCCUGAAGUUCUCCAAGGUGCUCCAGUUUCCCUUGGCACUGAUAUAUGGAGCCUGGGAGUCCUCACCUAUGUUAUGCUGAGUGGGGUCUCUCCCUUUUUGGAUGAAAGUAGGGAGGAGACUUGCAUCAAUGUGUGCCGGGUAGAUUUCAGCUUCCCUAAUGAGUAUUUCUGCGACGUAAGCCAUGCUGCCAGAGAUUUCAUCACUGUAAUCCUUCAGGAAGACUUCAGGAGGAGGCCAACAGCUGCCACUUGUUUGCAGCAUCCUUGGUUGCAGUUUCACAAUGGCAGCUAUUCCAAAAUCCCACUGGAUACCUCACGCCUGGCCAGUUUCAUUGAACGCCGCAAACACCAGUUUGAUGUGCGUCCAGUUCCCAAUGUUAAGAGUUUCAUAAUGAGCAGGAUGAAUUCAGGAACAUAAUGAAUGGAAGUACUUUGACUUGGCAUUGAGGAGUGAUAGGACGUGAAGACAGAGAAAGCAGAAUCUCUCUCUCUUUUACAGUCUGUAUCAAGUACUAUAAUGUGAUGUCCAAGAGAGUAUAUGAACUGUUCCAGCAGCUUCACUAUCUAAGUAGGUAGAAUUAGAUGAUUUCAGAUGUUGCACACGCAACUUCUUGGGUGGCUUAUUCUUGUAAUGAUGUGGCUAUUUUACAUCCAGAUGAAUGUUACAAAAAAUGUCAGUGGAGAGUGGGAACCAAAACACAGUUGCCUUAGUUCUGAAAGGCAGUCUUCUAAAAGACCCAGACAGUCUUGCUGAUUUUAUUACUAUUGAAAUGAUGUAUUUGAAAGAUUUUAGAAACCAAGGCUAGGCUGACUCUCUACAGUGAGAAUUUCCUGAAAAGCAAACUGGACCAAACAGGUAUCAGAUUUUAUAGAAACUGUUAUUCUUCAAAUCCUAAUGAAAGAUCAGAUCUGUCAUUCAAGACAAACUUCACUCGUCUUAAAUAAGAAUUAGUCUUGUGUCAGAACUGCUGUUUUGUGGCCUCUCAGCCCUCAUAAUACUGGCUUUGCCAGUAGUAUGACUUAGAUAAACUGUGUUGAUUAAGACCACAGUAUACCUUUGUGAAUAAUCCCUCUCUGGUUUUACAACAUUCUGUUGUUAAAAAAAUUAAUAACAUAUUAUAAAAUACCAUUGCAGAGAUGAUCACUUCACUGAACAACAACAUAUUUAGAUGAAGCACAAUGAGACAAUUUUUAAUAUAUUUUAUAGCUCUUGUACAGAAAACCUUUUUGCAAAACCUGUGCAUUGAGAAAAAAAACUAUGUUAAAAUAAUUGCUGGUAUCUGUAAAGUAGAUGUGAAAGACUUUUUCUAUUGCAGGAUGUUUCUUGAACUCUCAUACAGUCUAUAAGCAGAGAAGAAACUCAUUCCUUUUUCAGUUUUAAAAGUUGUGAAAUCAAUCCAAAAUUGGCCAAAGUGUGGUUACUAUAGUGGGUCCAUUCUUAUGUUUAUGGCUUCAUAACAGGUAGCUUAUUACAUCUGUACAGUACAUAUCAUCUCUUUAUCCCUAUAAUCCCAGCAUCUAUCCUGAUAUUUUCAUUCAGUCCACAAGUCUUGUAUGACAUAACAGAAAAUUAUUAAUAAUAUUAAGUCAUCACAACUGCAGUUUUUAAACAAGUGGGUUCAGAAUAGUAGUUCCAGACUAUAAAUAAUCUUGUAUUACCAUUGUAGAAAUUAGUCCAACUCUAAUACCAAGGGUAUUUAGCAUCAAAAUUGCCAUAUUUAAAUCCUUUAGAAAUGUAAUUAGCCAACAAUUUAUGUCUAAUUUUUCUCCCUUUAUUACAAGUGUCCUAUAGGCUGUAAUUUAUGAUGAUAGAGCAAGUAACUAGCAAUGGCAGGGUGAUCUGUUCUUCCUCAGUGUUGAGAUAGUGAGAUCUCCUACCUUGACUGGUAUGAUGGGAGCCAAGAUGUCAAUAGUUGUGGCCCAUUCUUCAGCUACUUGUACCAUGAACAUCUACCAUAGUCUACCACAUAGACCACUCAUAAGGCUGUUUCAGGCUCCUGGCGGGGUCUGACAUAUAACCUAUACAGGCAGCAAGCUCUUGCUGGACGAAAUGCAGUUGUAUCAUCUGGGUACAACAGUUCCAUCAGGACUGAAGCUUCCUGUUUCACACAUAUAGAAACAAAGCACUUUUAUAUGGGGCUAUACUAAGAGUAGAACCAAGAAAUCCAGUUUAAAUAAAAUGAAAAUAGAUGACCAUUUGUCUAGUGGUAUAUGGCCAUAUAUUAUCACAUUACAAGCCACCUGAAUGUUUUGUCCUGCCAAAUUAUAAAGAAAAAAUUUACACUUCUAUACUUUUCCAACAUGGAAGCAGCACAGAAGUGAUAACAAUUUUUAUAGCUUGGCAGAACGAUACAUUAUUAAUGAUCUGACAAUUGGUUAUGUGAGCACUUUGGUAAAUUAGCACUUGUUUACUGGUUGUCUGCAUUCAAACCAUCAAUGAUCAGGGCUCUUCUUCUGAUCUUGAAAUAUAGAGCAGAGUUUGGGGACUAGGACUUCCAGAACCCCUUUCUCCUACUGACAGUGCUGACUGGAGGAUUCCAGGAAUUAUAGACUAGAAAAGUGAUUUUUUUCAAGUUCUGGUUGAUUAACACUGGAUAUUCAAAGUUAGGGAAGUUGCUGAAUUCUUUCUACUAUAUCAGUUGUUUGACAAACACUGUGAGAGAAGGAUGUAGGGAUACCUUCUUGAGGAUAUCUACAGUCUAAUCUACUUAAAUGGUUGGAUGGUCUGUGAGACAGAAUAUUAACAAAAAGUGGGAUACAGAACAAAAAAGUGAAGUCUCUAAGAUGCACUGGGAAUAUAGUUUAUAAGGUUCAAUUAAGCAUAAUAAACCAAACAAAUUGAGAUAUUAUGGCUAAUAAAUGAAGCCUAAUAAAUGAAAUGUGUGUAGCUCAGUUAAUUUGUCACAAUUUUGGUCCAAUAAGUCAUGGCCUGUUGGGCAUGCUUCUGUGUUUGAUACCCUGGUUUGCAGGAAGCCCCGAAUAAAAGUUUUUCAGUUUGGAUGUCAUAAGAAUGUGGGCUUUAAGAAAGCAGGGAAUCUUCAUUGGAAGGGAAUUGGUGAUGGUCACAUUGACAAAUAAUUGUUCUUGAUUUAUUGGACUGGAAUUGUUAAAUUGAACUGGGUGUUUUCCGAGACAGAAUUCUGUAUUCUUUGUCGCAAGAGCUAAUAUUUUCCUAUUCCUUUUGGAGGUUUCCUCUUUAGUUUCUGACUUGCUGCCUCUGUCCUAAGGUUCAUCUCAUUUUGAAUGAUCUAAGCCUGUCUCAAAUGAGUAUGUAUUUCCUUUUAGAGGGUUUUUAUUUUAAAAAAGAAAAAAGUCUCCCCUUUACAAUUUAACUUGUAUUGUAAAUGUGCUUUUUACAAUUAUGGGAGAAGCAAGAAUACUGAAUACAUUGUUGGAGGGAGGGAAUCUUCCCUCCCAGACAACAAAUAAUGCAAAAAAAAAGGAAAGGAAAGGAAAGAGCAUUGAUUUGAGAUUCACUGAAUAGCAAGUAUGGAUAAACAAAGCACACAGUGCCUUUCCACAGGAAAAAGAUGAAGUUCUUUCCCUUUAAAUAAUCAAACGUCUUUUUUUUUUCUCCUGAGAGGAAUCAUUUUUCUGAAAACAGUUGCUAUACCAUGAUUUUUUAAAACAUAAAUGUUGUCAUUUUAAAACCAACUGCUGUCACAUAAAAGAAUGUGGGAUAGGAUGGACUCCUUGGGUUCCUUUUAGCUAUCACUAUUUCCUCAAAGUACUGACAAUCAUCCAGACGUAGGUCAUGUGAGCUCAGGUUAAACAAUGGUCAAUAUCCAGCUAAAGUAGGUUCUUGGGGCUGAAUCCAGCUUAUCAGUGGAAAACCAGGAAUCAUUAGGGGGGGACCCACAAUUUAUAAUUUAUGGUAAAAAAAAAAAGAUGGAAAUAGUAAUCCUGUGGUUUUUCUGGACAAUGUAUAUGGGGAAGAGUUAAGUAACUUCUUUCAUAUGUACAUCUUUAUUUUCAAUAUUGAAGGAAUGGAAAACAUAAGCUAUAUAUCAUCAAAGCAUUCUUACAGAAUAAACUCAUUUAGUACACCAUAAAUCAUGACAAAGGGAUCAACAGAAGUAAGUAACUGGAUAUUUCUUGCAAGCAAAUGGACAGAAUUUGAGACAACCCCUGGGUAUAUCACUGUGGUUUUACUAUGGAAUAAAUGUGAUGUCUGAAAGAAGCCCCGAGUGCUUCCUCAAACAUAAAGCAGUCCUUUUUUUCUAGGGGCUUUGUAAUAGCAAUGUAAAAUUUACAAAAUCCAGACUAAUAAAUUAAAUUGCAAUGUUUCACUGGUGCAUUAAGAGCAAUCAGGUGGUGACAUGCCUAAGAUGAAAGAGGCUCAAAAUUGACAUAAAACUCAGCUAGAAUCUUGUUUCAGGUGUUUCUAAUGAAGGAACUGAAGACUGCAUCUCUUAGGGCUCCUGUGACCUUCAUAUAAUGUGCCUCUGAUGCAUGUCUCCACCUGGGAUCCCAAGUUGUAUGUAACAAAGUGAGACUAGAAACUGCAGCCAUUACUUUAUAACCAGGAAUUGCUAUACACAAGCUGGUUCUCAAAAGAUUCUCUGUGCCAUUCCAUGGGUAACUGAGUUUUCUUUCAGUUGUAGACAAUGGGCUCUGAUUUAUCACCUAUAUUGAUCUUUUAUGACCCAACAGAUAAUGGUGCUUUUCUGUGAGAAUAUUCUUCCCCUCUCUCUAGCAAGAUUGUUUAUAUAACUGCCAUCAAAUACCAAAUAGCUGUUCUGGAAUUGUUCUUCUUGUGACUCUUGCAAUUUAUGGCCUUACAUUCUAAAACAAUCUUCUGUUCAACAUGAGCCGAUCUUACUUUCAUGCUCAGCUUUUCAAUGCUGGUGCUUUCAGUUCUCUGUUGAACUAUUCUGUCUGCUUUUCCUCACAUGUCACUCCACAGUGUAGGUCUUCCACUGAAAAUGAGAUCUGACAUGCAAAAGGAACAGCAGACAAAUAAACAUACUGUAUAUCUUUUAGGUUGCAAUCCUAUGCACACACAUCUGGUGUAAGUCCCUCUGGGCGUAUUUCUAAAUUAUGAGGAUUGCAGAGUUUGCCAACCCUGUAGGUUCAAUUCUACUUGACCUGGGAGUGAGUCUCAUUGAUCUUGUGCUUAGACAUGCUUAGGAUUAUUCUGUUAAAACCUUUUCAGCUAUUGUGCAAAUAGUGGUGAUGGGGACUACAUUGCUGAGAGUCUGGGCUCUCAUUUCCUGGAGCUAUUUGAGGCUGGACUGUCUACAUUCCUGCACUGAGCAGAGGGUUGGAUCCAAGACCUCCACAGUCUCUUCCAACUCUAAAAUUCUAAGAGCUUAUACUUCUCCAAGGUGCAAAUUAAUUCUACAGCCUUAAUAUUUUCAGUCUUUUGCUAGUCUGCCUUAAGUGUUAUCUCAUUAUUUUACUGAUUUCAUUUUGUAUGCACAUGUGUUUUCUACAGACAUUUUGUAAAUAUUUUAUUUAUACUUUUGAUUCUUCAUGUGUGAUGUUGUAAAGUGAUUAUCUGCGCUCACAUGUUCUUAUCUGUUCUUAUUUUUCAGUAAUAUAUGUUAUGUACAGAUGACAAAAUCUACAUUUUAGGCUAUUGCCUUCCUUAUAAAUACAGUAUACAAAAGAA